AUAUAAAGUAAGUGUUAAUAUUAAUAAUGAAUUGUAGUUUUUCUAACCAAUGCAAAAUGUGCUCAGAUAAAUUUCGACUUGUUUUAUUUCAAACAGUCUGGGUCAAUAAGUCGAGGAAUUAUUUGUUGUACAUUGUGUGAAUUUGAGUUGACAACAUAUAACGCUCAAAAGUAGGUAUAGGUACUUAUGCUAAAGUUGCAAUAAAGCACCACUGUAAUUAGUAGGUCCUACUCAAUCUAAAAUAAAUAUGAAACUGUUAAUUAUUUUUGAGCGAAAAAUUUAACGUCAAUGCUUUUUGAGUGUCGAAAGCGUCAAUUAAUGAAGUUUCAAUUUUUACAAACAAAGCCGAAGUUACGCGGUUUGGUUGAUAUUUUUCUUAUUUUGUGUUACCGUAUUUGUGAUCUCGACAAUUUUGAUGUUACUUUUGCGUUCAUAAUGAAGAAAAAUGUGGACGGGAUCCUUUUAAUUAUUGGAAUAAGUUGUUUUUGUAUGACCUAAAAAAAAAUGAGUUUUAUAUUACUGGAGAGUCUUACGCCGGCAAGUACAUACCUUCUCUGGGAAAGAAAAUUCAUGAAGAAAAUAAGGCAAAGAAGGAAAUCAAUUUAAAAGGCAUGGCUAUGGGCAACGCUUACUGUGAUCCAAAGAACCAAUUAGACUAUGGUAACUAUUUGUAUCAACUUGGAUUGUUAGACAGCAACCAGUUGAAUAUAUUUCUGAAAUAUCAGAUGGAGAUCUAUACUCAAAUUCAGAAGGAAAAUUGGGAGCAAGCUGAUGCACUCAUGGAUAAACUGAUGGAUGGGGAACUGAGUAACUUCUCAUACUUUAAACAUUAUACUGGGUUUGAUUACUAUUACAACUUUUUGCAAGCGUCAGGCAAUGAUGAUAUGACUAUUUUUGCUGAACUGCUUCAAAAUGAUAAUGUCAGGCGUAGUGUCCAUGUCGGGGGGAGACCUUUCAGUGAUGGCCAGAAAGUCCAAUUGCUGUUGGCACUGGACAUGCUCAAGUCUGUAGCUCCAUUCAUAGAAGAACUGCUCUCACAUUACCGAAUCAUGUUUUACAAUGGACAGCUAGAUAUUGUUGUGGCAUACCCUUUGACCGAGAGCUUCUUACGAAACUUGAAGUUUUCUUCUGCAGAAGAGUAUAAAAAGGCAGUUCGCCACAUUUGGAGGGUAGAUAAAGAAGUGGCCGGCUACAUUAAACACGCAGGGAAUAUUACAGAUGUGUUGGUACGAAAUGCUGGUCAUAUGGUCCCAAAAGACCAACCAAAGUGGGCCCUAGAUCUGAUCACAAGAUUUAUUAAUAAUGAUGACAAAAUUUAAAACUAGGAAAAAUCUGUGAGUGAAACUAUGAGUUUAUAUAUGUUUGGUUCCUUAUGGUAGUUGACUGGCAAAAGCCUAUUUCGAUCAAAAUAAUAUUCAGGUAAAGUUUUAAGUACUACAGAAAUUCCGAUGGUACUUUACAAAUACCUAUUUACAUAUCACUCUUAUUUCUAAUUAUUCUAUUUUUUUUAUUAAUCAAUUUGCCUAAAUAUUUACUAGUCAUUUUUCCUUUAAAAAAUAUCUCACUUAGUUUAUCGAUAGUCCUUUUAAAUAGAAGGUAGUCUUUAAAAUUUAAGCUUGCAGGUGAAAUAAUCCAAGUUUUCUACUCAUAUUAGAAAUGGGUAAAUGAUUACACACGCGUGCUGAUGAACAAAAUUAUUUUUUAAAUUUUAUCAGUUCAUUUACUUUUUGGAAGGUAUUUGCUAUUCAUCGAUCAUCAUUGAUGAUCCAUUCAGAGACAGAAGGUGCAACAGAGUCAGUAUUCGCCGAAAUUUGAGUGUAACGUGUAUAUUUAUCAUUGAGAAAUUAAAACUAAUUUUCCUGUAGUUGCGCUUGGAUGAGCGCCUUCGCUAAUCGUAUAAAUGUUGCAUAAAUGUAGUUACUACUAAAACCUACUUUCUCCAAACUUAUUACAUAUUUGACGAGCCAAACGUCAAUGUCAAUAAAUACGAUAUGAUCAACAUGUGUGAUCCCAAAAUAGUUCUUCAGUGUAUUAUUACCAACAAUUUACCCAUUUUAAUCGCAAGACGAAAAUUACAUACCUUAGCAGCGUAUAUAUUAAAGGGACGUAUGCCCAAGUCAUUAAAACCAGCUUAAUAAAUACUUCAUCUAACAAA